CUGAUCAAAAUUAUAACAAAAAAUGAGGAGAAAAGAAGGUAGCUAUGUGUACUCACGUGGCAACUUGAAAGUAUAUUAUGGACAUUAUCAGCCUGAUCAGAGAAGCACCAGCCAAUACCCACCCUUAGCUUCUUUUUUAUUUUUUAUUUUUAUAAUUUUUACCCCCGCAAACAUCUAUCCUUGUUUGGGCUAAUUUCUUCUGUUUCUUGUAUCAAAAAUAGCAACUUCUAUCUCUCUUCUCUUCUGUUUCUUUCACAUUUCUCUUUUCUCUUUGCCUUUUGUUUUUUUCCUUUUACUUUUGUAAUUGCGAUAGGAUUGUACCCUUAUUGCAGGCCAACAUGGCGAAUUCGGCAUCUGGAAUGGCAGUGAAUGACGAGUGCAAGCUGAAGUUCCAAGAACUGAAAAAGAGGAACCAUCGGUUCAUUGUGUUCAAGAUCGAUGAAAAGAUUCAACAGGUGUCGGUAGAAAAGCUAGGAGGCCCCCACGAAACUUACGACGAUUUCGCUAACUCCUUGCCUCCAAAUGAGUGUCGUUAUGCUGUUUAUGAUUUUGAUUUUACGACUAAUGAGAAUUGCCAGAAGAGCAAGAUUUUCUUCAUUGCUUGGUCUCCUGACACAUCCAGGGUGAGGAGUAAGAUGGUUUACGCAAGCUCUAAGGACACAUUCAAGAGGGAAUUGGACGGGAUUCAACUUGAGUUGCAAGCAACUGAUCCAAGUUAUUAUUUCUCUUUCUAUAUUCCUCCUCUUUCAACUCUUUAACCACUCAACACAUAUAAAAUAAGGUACUGAAAUCAUUUUCAGAACCUUAAAGUUAUCAGAAACAAAAAUGUACAUAGCUUAUUUGAAUAUUGUAUGCCUAGAACACAAGAAUAUAAGGGUAUGCAUAUAAAUGAGGACAUCUACUAAAAUAGUACAAAUUACUAUUGUUUACAUGA